CAGUCGGCUGAGUUUUAUAUCAUUUACAUCUAUAAAAUGUCUGUUGCACGGAGGAGACAUGCUUUGGAAGAGGAGGAUGCCAACCUUUCAAAAUUUGGACCAGAAUUUCAGGAUGUGCAGUGUUUGUUGAUUUCAGAAGUUCGAGUGCUUCUUGAAGUAGCAAAGGAUCGCAAGCGUAAAGAGUCGGGCGAUGGAAGUAUUUCAGAUAUCAUGCAAAAGACAAUCGACUAUUGCCAGCAAUUUUCAAGAUUCACCAACAAACAGACCGUCAAGGAAAUUCGCAAUUUGUUUCCAGACGACCAGUUUCAUCAGUUUGAAAUGGCUCAAUUGGCUAAUCUGUGCUGUGAAACUGCCGAAGAAGCCAAAGUUCUUAUUCCUAGCUUGUCUACAAAACACGAUGAUGAACUGCAAAACUUGCUUAAUGACCUGCAGGCACUACGCAAAUUCCAAUGAAAUUGGAUUUUAAUAAAAACGAACAAGAUCUACAUUUCAUCACAUC